AAAAAAUUACAUAAAAUCGAAGAAUCAAAAAUUGUAUCCAUAAAAAGGUUUCAACAUCGCGCAAAGCUUUCUUCCACGUCUACUUCCAAACAUGAACGAUUCUGACGGCUACUGAGGCGAAAGAGUUAACAUCCGAAAUAGUGCAAAGGAACAAAAUGAACUACAGUCGGUUGUUGUGUCCACUCUUCGUCAUCUGUGCCCUUUUGCAAGGCACUUGGGCAGCGCCGAACCUGCUCACCAGUUAUUUGCCAGCUUCUAUGCAAGCGCUCGCCUACUAUAUCGAUUACUUGCAGUAUGAGCCUUUAUCGUCUACCACCGUCGAGCCACCGUUCAGUGUGAGUGAUGAUGAACUGACCAAUAUAUUUAAUGCGUCGCCCACGACCACUUCCAGACCCAAAGUCACUACGGCAGCUACAAGAAAGCCACCAUCAUGGCUCUCAACAAUAAAAACAACAACAAGAGCGACAACUCGCGCACCUUGGCUUAGCACAUCUACCAGGCCAUCAGCAGGUGGUAGCACCCCACCGUCAGGUUGGUGGAAACCACCUAAUUGGUGGCACCCCACCGCCACCACUACGGCAAGACCAAUAGUACCGCCCACACCGGCACACAAACCCGGUCUAUAUGCACCACUAAAGUCGCCACUAAUUAAAUCACAGCCCGGAAAACGUGCGGGUUACGAGGUCUUCGAUGAGAUUGGCGAUAAUAUCGAGGGUUUUGAUAAAUUAACAUUGGCACUAAUACAAGACAUACAAACAGAGACGGAACACGAUGAAUUCACCAACGAUGUGGAGUCUUUGGAUAACUUUUUGCGCCUUUAUGAUGAUAACUACGGUCGUGCUGCAUUCGACAACGAUAACGCAUUGGAUCGUUGGUCCACCACAUCAACGGCAGGUAAAAAACGUGUACCACCCACAAAACCCUAUGUGGAGUUUCUGUUAGUUUAUGAUUUGUUGAAGCGCGAUGCAAAGGCGGCUAAUCUUAGCAAAUAUGAAGGUUACUCGGAGGAUCUAUUGAGGGACUUGCACGACCUGUCCAGCGCUUCGGCGGAGCGUCAGCUGUACACACUCUUCAAGCGCAUGAUAGAUCGCGGUGAUGUGCAACGCAGCGAUGUAGUCUCGCGCUUACAAGGAAUAAUGAAGGACUUAGCCAAUCCUAAUAGUGCCACAGCGAAGGAGUUGCGUUAUAUUCCAGCUUUGCCAUUCGUGCCAUAAUUGGCUUUUGUAU